AUUGGUUUAAUCUCCCGCUAACCCGACAUCGCAUUCCAUCAAACACACCAAACCCAACAAAUAUCUCUGUCUCUUUCUCUCUCAUCCUGCGUGUCGCUCCCAAAAACCCGUAAUUCUAUUCCACUUUCUCUCUCUAAAAUCUUCCAAUGGUAUCCAAUAACCCGAACCCACCCGAAGGUUUUUGCUUGGAUCCGACUGGAAUGCCUCUACCCGGUUUCGGCCCCUUCGCCUCCGUCUCCGCCGCCUCUAACUCGUCGGACGAUGCUUCCAAGAAGAUCCGUAAGCCGUAUACUAUAACCAAGUCUAGGGAGAAUUGGACCGAACCUGAACAUGACAAGUUUCUUGAAGCUCUUCAACUGUUUGACCGUGACUGGAAAAAGAUUGAAGCAUUUAUUGGAUCAAAGACUGUUAUACAGAUACGUAGCCAUGCGCAGAAAUACUUUCUAAAGGUUCAGAAGAGUGGAGCAAAUGAACAUCUUCCUCCACCUAGGCCUAAAAGAAAAGCUGCCCAUCCAUAUCCACAAAAAGCUCCCAAAAGUGCUCCUAUACUUUCACAAGUACCGGGAUCUUUUCAGUCUUCACCGGCUUUGCUUGAACCUGGAUAUACAGUGAAGCUUGAAUCCAUACCAAUGGCUGAAACUCCUAUUAUGAACAAUGUGGUGUCUUCCUGGUCAAACCACACGCAGCAAAACACCAAUUUACUUAAUGCUCCAAAAGUGAAUAAUUCUUGCAGCAGCAGUGAAAGUACUCCUAAAGUGCGGCCAGUGGUUGGUGAAUCAAAUAGUCUAGUGAAUAAAAUCCUUCCAUUGAGAGUUCUUCCAGAUUUUUCCCAAGUAUACAACUUCAUUGGCAGUGUAUUUGACCCAGAAGCAACUGAGCAUUUACAGAAACUUAAACAGAUGGACCGUAUAGAUGUUGAGACGGUGCUUCUGUUGAUGAGAAACCUGUCUAUCAAUUUAACUAGCCCGGAUUUUGAGGAUCAUAAAAAGCUGCUUUCAUCCUAUGAAGUUGAUCAUGAGACAAAUAACUAUCUCAAUCCAGAUAGACCUAUGCACGACGAGCCGUUGAAGAGUGCUACUACUUAAUUAGAAGGGUUUGGAUUCAAAGAAUGGUUCAUUUUUCAGCAAUUGGAUUUCAUAGUUUUGCAUUAGCUAAGAUCCAUUGGAAAGUCAACACAAAAGCUGAGAGGUUCCAGUCACAAGAUCUUGUACUAGUUUGUAAUUGCUGUUGCAGCUAAGAAAAAGCCUUGAUUCUCUUCAUUCAUUUUGCUGUAUGUGUAUAUAUCAAACAACCUUAUAAUAAAAGACAAUAAAAAUGUAGAAAUGUAUAGUUUU